AUGCUCUUACCGGUUAAUCCUGAAGACGUUGAUCAUGAUGGUUGCUUUCCGCCACACGGCAUUCACGAUGUUUGUCCCGCCAAUCCGUAUACCGAUUUGCCCGUUUAUACCACCAUUCAUCGUAUCCGUCACGAUGUCAUCACAGCGAUUGAUGACCCUUAUAGCCUCGACCAGCUGCGGGAUCCUCGGAUGAAUGUGGCUAUUGUACGGCCACUUGUUGAUACUUUCUAUGGAUUAAAAGAUAUAUCUAUAAUCUUUUGCCUCUUGGUAAACCGUGCUCAGUUUCAAAGAGAGCAACUGACCCAACCACAUCGAUCAAGUGUCUGCACCACUCGGGCUUUACUUUGUGAGCUGAUAGCGACCCGGAUCCUCCGCCGCUUCCACGAAGAUAAUCCAGGAACCCGAGGCCUGCUUAUGCUUGCUCAUAUCCUAGUAUCUGGUUUUGAUCCUUUUCAAGGUGUACCAGAGGAGUCUGCUCGGGAACAUGGCAUCGAUGCGUGGACUUCCUCCUCACGUACAAGCCACAAUAGAAAAGUGCCCGCCCUAGAAAUAGCAAUCAUAACUGAGAGCAAAACUUUUCUGAGCUCCUCGGCAUGCCAGAGGGUGGUGAAUGCAAUUUUUGAGGGUCAGGUGGUUUAUACACCGACCACGUUUAUUGACAUCCUCCCCGAUCACUACAAGCGGAAACCAAUCUCCCUAUACAAUCCUCGAAGCGCACCUUUAUUGAACCAAUAUCGACUAUGUGUCCCGAGAACGAGGAAUAUUCUGGAAAUCUGUCACUUUAUUGUACUCCUAACGCUGUUUCUUUUCAUCAUGGCCGAACGAGAUCCGUCUGUUGUUAGCAUAAGGGAGAUUGUAUUCAUUAUAUACACUUUAGGGUGGGUUCUGGACCAGACUGGUUCGAUUCUUGAGCAUGGUUGGCAUGUCUAUACGCAGAAUCUCUGGUCCUUUCUCGAUGUGACAUUCUCAGUGAUCUUCGGUAUCUAUUUGGUUCUUCGUAUCCAUGGUUGGAGAGCAGGGAACUUGGCACAGGGCCAGCAAGCCUUAGAUGUUCUUGCUAUGGGGGCUCCAGUGCUCGUCCCCCGACUGGCAUUUAACCUCAUGUCGGAGAACAUGCUCUUUAUCUCACUCCGAGAAAUGAUGAGAGACUUCACCGUCCUGACCAUGCUCGCCGUAUGGUGUUUCGCAGGCUUCCUGCUUUCUAUGACGUGGCUCAGCAAUGGAGCACACCGACCGAUUGCCAUCAGCAAAUGGAUGCUCUGGGUAUGGUUCGGGCUUGACGGAACCGGUAUCCAACGCUCAGUCGAGUUCCACCCGAUCCUGGGGCCCAUGCUCAUGGUAGGCUUUGCUUUACUAGGCAAUACUCUCUUCCUCACAAUCCUCGUCUCCAUGCUCAGCACCACCUUCUCGACCAUUGUCGCCAACGCCACGGCCGAAAUCCACUUCCGCCGCGCCGUGCUCACCCUCGAAGGCGUCAAAUCCGACGCCCUGUUCGCGUACCAACCCCCCCUCAACAUCCUCGCCCUACUCACCCUCCUCCCUCUCAAGAUGAUGAUAUCGCCGCGCUGGUUCCACAAGAUCAACGUCGCUGCCGUGCGGACGCUCAAUGCGCCGCUGCUGCUCCUCAUCGGGCUCAUCGAGCGGCGCACGCUAUGGGCGCACACCCGGCGGCCUAGCGAUGUCGAGCAGCUGCCUAAGAGCACGAGCCGACUGAGGUUCUGGAAUUUCUCGCACGGCCUCACGGCGCAUGGCGAUAUCGAGGCGGUGUUCGAUACGGAGCCGCCGCAGGAGAUCGAGGAGCUGAUUGAAAAUGAGGAUGAUUCGGGGGGCAGGAACGGACUGCAGCGGGAAUUCGGGACAGCGGUUGACGCGUCGCAGCAGGGGAUGCAGAAUGGGGGUGGGGAUGGGAGGGGGAGGAAAGAGAGGGAGGAUGCGAAGGGAAAGGUGCGGCCGAGGAGGAGGGACUCCAUGUACCCGUUUGGCGAACCUACAGACCGGAUGCGGCCGACUGAUAGUGGGAGCGAUGAAGAGGAGGAUGAGGAUAUGAGAGAGAGACUUCAGGCAUUGGAGGAGUCGACUAGGAGAAUCGAGAAGAUGUUGGAGACGCUGUGUAUUGGUUUGGCUGAGCCGCCCAGCAAUCGAAGUGGCAGCAACUUGGCCGGUGAAACGGGAACGUGGCGGGAUCUGGAUAGGAGUGCUUCCACGGCCAUUGAGGAUUAG